AUGAAGGGUCCUUGUGAGAGGCCUGGGGAAAAUGAAGAUCAGAGGGAAGAGGUGAUAGCACCCGCUGGGUGUUUUGCAGGGGUCCCGGAGGCCGACAAGGAUUCAGAAGCAGAUUCAGACUCUGACCUGGAGACAGAAGGCAUACAUGGACUUAGAGAACCCAUCAGGGAUGCCCUCCACUUGGGGUCUUGCCGGGCCUAUAGCAUUGUGCCCACCAUCUACUUUCUGAACCAAGGCUGUGCCCCAGAAUUGAAGCUGAGGCACCGUGGUCUGGGACCCCAGGGGGCAUGGGCUCUGGCUUCCAUGUUGACCUCCAAUCCCUACAUUAAACGGCUGGAUCUUCAGGACAAUGGGCUCUGUGCGGCUGGUGCAGAGGCCCUGGCCUAUGUCCUGAGCAAAAACAGCAGCAUCUGUGAUGUGGAUCUGUCAGAGAACCAGAUUGGAGUGGCAGGGGCCCAGGCUCUUUGUGCUGCCCUCAAAGUGAACCAGGCUGUGCAGAAGAUACAACUGGCAGGAAAUAGCCUGGAAGAGAAGGCAGCCCAGUACCUUGCUGAACUCUUGCUGGUCCACACAGGCCUGAAAUCCCUGGAUGUCAGCUAUAACCAGCUGAAUGACCAAGCAGGAGAGACACUUGGACCAGCCUUGGCAGAAAACACAGGACUAACAGAGCUUAACAUAAGCUGGAAUCACCUCCGGGGUCCAGGAGCCAUAGUGUUUGCCAGGGGACUAGAGGCAAAUAUCUUCCUGAAAGUCCUAGACAUCUCUUUUAAUGGUUUUGGAGAUUCUGGAGCUUCUGCAGUGGGUGAGGCCCUCAAGGCCAACAACGUGUUGGAGGAACUCAACAUGAGCAACAACCGAAUCUCUGCAAUAGGAGCCCGGCACCUGGGGUUGGGCCUCCGGGUCAACCAGACACUAAGGAUUCUUGUUGUGUCCAGGAAUCCCAUGCAAACUGAAGGCUGCUCUCAUCUCCUCAAGUCUGUCCGGGACAACCCAGCAUCUGCACUAGAACUGCUAGAUUUCUCUGAUAUGCAGGUGAACAGAGAGUUUGAUGACCUUGCUAGCUCAGUGAAGGUGAUUCUUCCAGGCCUUUGCAUAAAGACUGGUGCUCCCAGAGUGAACUAUAAGAAAGAGUUGCUGCCAGUCUUCAGACCACCCCCACCAGCAUCUGCUCUUAAAUGA